CGCUUGUUUUGCACAUCUAUAUUGAAAUUCAAAUGGCUGGGCAUUCGCCAGCAGUUUCCAAAAUUGUUUACACAAACAAACACAAAUAGCAAAACGAUCUCGCCGUCAUUUUGUUAUACUAAGGCCGAAACUAUAAAAUGGCCGGUUUUGUAGCGGUGCACACAGGCGCUGGCAAUUGCAUCGACGAGGCCAAAUAUCAGCGAGUCAUAAAAGAAUCGUGCAUACGAGCUACUGAAAUUUUACGAAAUGGCGGCAACGCCCUGGACGCCUGUGAGGCAGCCAUAAUACGUUUGGAAAACUGCGGCAAUACAAAUGCGGGCUUUGGCUCCAACCUCUGUCUGGACGGGACGGUUAGCUGUGAUGCUUCAAUAAUGAGUGGAGCUACACUAAAUUUUGGGGCCUGCACGAAUGUUAGUCGUGUACAGAAUCCAAUAGCGCUGGCUCGCUGCAUAUGCGAGGGUCAAUCACAGACGCAACCACUGGAACGCAUACCACCCAUGGUGUUGGCAGGCAGCGGCGCUGAGCGCUAUGCGGAGGAAGUGGGCUGUACAAUGAUCGAUCCGGCAGUUAUGAUUUCCUCAAAAGCGAAAUUCCAUUAUAAUCAUUAUAAGGCGAAAUAUGAUUUAGCCAUUGACAAUAGUCGAAAUAAAGCUGAUGACGCCACAGCGGCAGAUGUGCCCGAUCCGGGAAACGAAGUCGAAUUGGCGACUGCUUUGGACACUGUGGGUGCUGUUUGCGUGGACGGUGCUGGAAACACUGCAGCAGGCUGCAGUUCAGGUGGUAUUUUACUCAAAAUGCCAGGACGUGUGGGUCAGGCGGCCACCUAUGGUGCGGGCUGCUGGGCCACAGAUACCGAUGAGUUAUCCGUUGCCACGUGUACGACCGGCAAUGGUGAGUACCUGAUGAAAACGCUCCUGGCUAGAGAGAUAUGCAACGAUGCCUUUAGCAGUGAUUGUGCGGUGACGAGCCUGCACAAUACGUUCCAGCAAAAAUUUCUGGACUCACCGUUACUGCCUCAGCAACAUGAGCAUUAUGCCGGCGCCCUGACCUUGCUCUACUAUCCAAAGAGCAGUGCUGGCGAGGUAAUGUGGAGCCACACUACCCAAUCUUUUUGCGUUGGCUACAUGGCAACAACGCAGAAAGUGCCAAAGUUUGUACAUUCGCCACUACCCACGUACAAUGUCGCAGGAAAAUCGUGCAUCGUUAAUGGCCAUACUUUCCAUUUGCGUAUUUAGGCAUGGCCAGCCGUUCAGUCUGCAUCUGCUUGUGAUUGCUUUCUUGGUGUUUUCUUUUCAUUAUAAUAUCAGCCAGCAGCGUGCUCAUCGUCUUUCAUUGUCAACUUUGCAGUUUUGUGCAAUUCAUUUGAUUUAAUGUUUAAUUGCCGCGACAAUCGCUGCCCGUGUAGUCCACAACAACAACAACCACAAUAUCAGAAAAACUUUAUUUGUUGUUUAUUCGCCUUUUUAGUAUAUAUAUUAAGAGCUAUUAAACGAAACACUUUUCAUUUAGUCUGUAAGUGUAGUCUGUAUGUAUGUAUGUAUUAUUAUAAUUUGUCAUAUAUGUAUGUGUAUGCGUGUGUGUGCAGCAAAGCAGUGUAAGAAAUUAUAUUUUUAAAUAUUUUUUAUGUGACAUUUCCUUCACUGUACUUAAUAAGCUGAGGGGCCAACGCAGCUGCGAGCAGCAUGCGAAUAUGAAUAUUAAAAAUAAAUAUCUACAUAUUUAUAACUACUCGUAGGAGUGUGCGUGCACGCUCUUUAUGUAUGUGUGUGUAUUUAAACAGAUGUGCACAGGCCCAUAAACUUUCGGGUAAUGCACAGAAAUUAACCUAUUAAUUUCGAAAAAUAUAUAAAAAUUUGACUUUUGCACAAUGCCUAGCUGCCACAGCUAAUUGCCGAUUUGUAAACACACACACACACACCCAUUCAUACACACAUACAUACAUGCAUGUAUGUUGUUUUGUAGACGCCGCCCUGCAUUGUUUGGCAACAUAAACAAUCUUACAUAUAUGUAGAUACUCGUACAUAUAUGUAUCUACUUUCAGCAUAAAGAUACACACUAUAAAAGCAAUGACGAGUUUCUUACUCACCGAAUACGACAUACACUCGCCAGCUUUUUGAGAUUUAAUUUCCGGUGAAAGCUAUAUGAUAUAGUCAAUCGAAUUCAGGUAUA